UUAUUUAAAUGUUUCUACGAACGAAAAUUUUAUAAAGUUCUCUGGAGCGUGAACUAGACACUAGUUUCAUUUUGUGCAGAGAAUUUUAAUAUAAAUUUCUAGCUUGUGUGAAUGUGCGUAGUGGUUUAACUUUCAUUUGUGUACGGUGUAUACGUGAAAUCCAUUAAUAAAGGUUAAAGAAAGAACACUUAUAUGAAUAUCUUCUGCUUCUAAGUAAUUGUUUCAAGUGAAAUGUCGGCGAGGGUCGUUUAUUUAAUUACUUAUGCCGCGCUUAUUAUUGGACUGGCAAAAAACAAGGUAAAUGGAGUGAAAACACAUUGCGAUGUUUGUGAGUUAAAGCAGAUUGACAGCUGCACUGAAGAUGUGCCUUUGGAUUGUAAAGGCGGGUCUCGAACACUGGUUGUCAAGGGAACCAUCUGCAUCCACAAAGUGUGUGGUUUACUCAAACCUGCAGAGUGUACAAUAGGAGGCCGAUGGGUCGGGUCGGAUGGGAAAGAAGUGAAAAGCAUUGAAGAAACGAAGUGCAACGACGAAGAGUUUCAGUUCGAGAAAGAAGAAAAGAAAGUUCGAGUUAAGAGGGGUUGGUUUCGCAGACGACGUCGAUCCCCUCCUCCGCCUCCUCCGCCCAAUUGUGGACAGCCGGGUACCAUUGCGCAUACAAGUUUGAGUGUAACCAGUACUUCACAAGGGGGCGUGGCUACAUACACGUGCCACUCUGGAUACGGACAUACAGGCGGCACAUUGAGGCGUGUUUGUCAAUCCAACGCUCGGUGGUCCGGUAGUCCUCCUACAUGCUCAUAUAUGAAUUCAUGUAGCAGUAGCCCGUGCAAAAAUGGUGGCACGUGCCGCAAUAUCCCAAAUUCUUACACGUGCAGUUGUCCGAGCAUUUGGAAAGGUUCAAGAUGUGAAAUAGGUAAUUUAUGUUAUUUCCGUUAUCAUUUGUAAUAUUGGUUGUUAUUUUUGC